GACCUGGUAACAUUGAGACCGGGUAAAAAUUUUCAUGGGUUGGCAGCACUGGACAUGUGUCAUGUCGUGAGUGGUGAUCUGAUCUGAAUCAAAUCAACAUAAAUAAACACAACAGUUGAUAUGAACCAAAGAAAUGAACAGAUCUUCCGAAGUAGGCAUGGCUCAUCCAAAGCGAAAAUUGUGUGUCAAAUAUGUGGAUUAAAGACUCAACUAAAGAACGUUCCGAGACAUGUGUUCAUGGCUAGAGUCAAUACUGGGGUAAAAGCCACUAACAAGGAAGAUCUUACUAGUUUACCAUUGGAAAAAGUUUCAGCAAAAUUUGUCUGUAAACAUCACUUCCAGAGUAAUGAUUUAAAACCAUCUCUAAAACAUUUGAAUCCUGAUGUCAUAGCCUCUUUGAAACUUACACCAAAAGCACUAUCUGAUGACCUACCGUCUGGGUUUCCUCUGCCAUCUAGAAAUUGUGAUGGCAGGAAUUUAUUUCCUAACCCUCCAUUAAAUGACGUAUCAAUCAUAGAGUUGCAAGACCAUGAUUAUUGCAUAAAUACUGUAAGAGAAAUAAGAAAUAAAUCUGCAGAAUAUUCUGUAGAGCCUAAUAUAGACAAUACUGAAAAUCCUACACAAGCUUCAGAUGUUUUACCUAUAGAAAUACAAGAAACUGGGGUAAUAGAGACUGGGGAAAUAGAAACAGGGGCAGUAAAAACUGAAGCAACAGAUACGAAUACAAUAGAAACAAAUGCAAUAGAAACUGAUAGUAGUAAAAUAUCACCAAACGAAUCAUCGAAUAACAACGUAAACUCUACAAACUCUGAACAAAACGUGCAAGAAACGACAAAAGCAAAUAAAUCAAUCAACAGAUGGUUACAACAGCCAAGGUACCAAACACUUACAGCCGCUUCUGGUUUAUAUACAACUGUGCUGUCAGAUUUAAAAGAAAAAGCGAAGAGAUAUAUUGGAAAAAAAGAUACAGUCUGUGUAUUAUUAUUUGAUGAAAUAAAACUACAAGAACAUGUAUAUUAUAAUUCUUAUUUAGGCAAAGUUGUUGGAUAUGUUGAUCUCGGUGAGGAGGGAGGCAGGGGAAAGGAGUUAGCCAAUCAUGUUUUGGUAUUUAUGUUGGGCAACCUAAUAUAUAGGCCAUUUUUAAAACAGCCAAUAGCUCAUUACUUUUUCAGAGAUAAAAUGUCAACAGAAAUGUUAAGUAAAAUAUUAAUAACUAUUAUAAAAGCAGUGAGAGACGCAGGAUACAUGGUGAUGGCAAGUGUCUGUGAAGACAAGCAAACUUAUGUAGACGCAUUGAAUCUGCUGAAAGGUAAUACUGAUAAUCCUGAUGAUCUUAACUAUUAUUUAGUAGAUAAUGAAAAAGUUUAUAUUAUCUAUGAUGUCCCUCGUUUGUUUAUGGCAAUAAGGAAUAAUUUGAUACAAUACGGAGAAAUGGUAAUAGACAACAAGAAGUUAAAAUGGUCUCAUUUGAUUAUGGCUCAAGAAAAAAAUAAUAGUACCUACAACUUUUUUAAAGUAAAAUCACAUGUUAAUGAUAUAGACUGGACGAGAAAUGGUAUAAAAUUAGCUAUACAAAUUUUUAGUAAUACAAUGGCAGCAAUUUUAAAGUUACUUUCCGAAAGUGUGGAUUAUAUUUUAGAGGAAGAAGAAUUAUUUCAAGCUGGCAUUGUGAUUGAAUACCUUGAUAUACUCUUUGAUUGCACCAAUGGACCUUUAUGUGCAAAAGAUUUUAAACAAAAUAGAAAAUAUGUAAUGAAAAACAGUAAUCAUCAUGAUCAAUGGAUUGUUUAUAAGAGAAUUUUAAGUGAUACAUACUUUUUUAUUGAUAAUUUGCAUUAUGCAUAUAAUGUAAAGUGCAUGAAGAGCUAUGUAACAACAAUAUCAUCACUUCAAGAUAUCUGGAGGGUAGUUACAGAAAAUGAUUUCACCUCUUUAAAUUUAAGAAAAUUUAACUUAGACGCCUUACAUUCUAUAUUUGAAUGUUUAAAGGAAGAAUUGUUUAACAAUAGUGUGACUUCCUACGAUAUUGAAUUUGCUAUAAACGCUUAUAUGCCUAAAACAAAUUCAGAAACGAAUUGCGCAAAUGAAAAUAUAUUAUUUCACAAUUUUGUUAAUCAGAAAGCUAUUUAUAUUAAAACUGAUUUAGAUUUAAGAUGUUUGUUUUUUAGAUUCGAUUUAGUUCCAAUUGUAUACAUUAGUAGUUAUUGUGCUGCUGUUAUUUUAAAAAAUGAGAUAUGCGAAAACUGUCAUAAUAUUUUGAAAGUGUCUGAAGAUAAAUCUGUAGAUAGUACCAACAUGCUAAAUAAAUAUUGGAGGGAAAGACUUCCUGUGAUUUAUCCUAGUGAUAAACUUUGUGAUACCGUUCAAAGUGCAAUGAAAGCAUUUGAACGAGAUGUACAACAUUUAUUACAUAUAAAAAAUAUUCUUAAUUACAGUGUUAUGAUGAUGUCAAAUAAUUGUGAUGUUUCAUGGAUGUGUAAACAACAUAGAUAUACAAUGAGCAAGAAACUAUUUCAAAAUCUAAGCUAUUUGUUGAUAAGAAAUAAUUGUUGGCUAAAAAAUGAAUAUUUAAUGAAACAGUCUGGUAAAACAGCUGAUAAAGUAAACGAAUUAGAAUCUUAAGUAAUAAGAUAUUGAUUAUUAACACUCAAUGCUAUGAUUUCUUUAUACAAACAUGACUGGGUAAUCGGUGGCACUGAAAGUGUUUACAUUGUGUUUGUUGGGAAUGAAAAUUAUGUAAAGCAUUAUGUAUAUUGACUAAGCUCAAUAAAAAUUGUUUGAAAUUGAUUGGAAUUAAUGCUGAAAUGUAGCAUUUUUGUUUUUAAUUUUUAACCUCAACUUUUAUUUCAGGUUAAUUUGUCUGCAAAAAUAAUGCAUAAUUGUAAUAAACCGUUGCACUAUAAGAUGGGUGAGCAUUUUUGUUGUGGGUAUUAGAAAGUUGUAUGUUAGGUUAUAUUUUCGUAAUCCAAAUUAAAAUGAGACUUCCCGCUAUGUUAAGAAUUUAUGUUUUUAAAAUUGAUAAUUUUAAAUGUGAAUUUAAU